AUGCGGCCGCCGCCCUACCGCUGUCACAACACCACCUCGGUGGAGAAGGGCAACUCGGCGACAAUGGGCGGGGUGCUCUUCAGCGCGGGCCUCCUGGGCAACCUGCUGGCCCUCGGGCUUCUGGCGCGCUCGGGACUGGGGUCGUGCCCGCCGCGCCCGCCGCCCUCGGUCUUCUACGUGCUGGUGUGCGGCCUGACGAUCACAGACUUGCUGGGCAAAUCCCUCGUGAGCCCCUUCGUGCUGGCCGCCUACGCGCAGAACCGGAGCCUGUGGGGACUGGCGCCCGCGUCGGGCAGCUCCCUGUGCCAAGCCUACGCCUUCUUCAUGUCCUUCUUUGGGCUUGCCUCGACGCUGCAGCUCCUGGCCAUGGCCCUGGAGUGCUGGCUGUCCUUGGGGCACCCCUUUUUCUACCGACGGCACAUCACCCUGCGCCGCGGCGCGCUCGUGGCGCCGGUCGUGGGCGCCUUCUGUCUGGCUUUCUGCGCGCUGCCCUUCGUGGGCUUCGGGAAGUUCGUGCAGUACUGUCCCGGCACCUGGUGCUUCAUCCAGAUGGUGCACGAGGAGCGUUCGUUGUCUGUGCUGGGCUACUCGGUGCUCUACGCCAGCCUCAUGGCGCUGCUGGUCCUUGCCAUCGUGCUGUGCAACUUGAGCGCCAUGCGCAACCUCUACGCGAUGCACCGGCGGCUGCGGCGGCGCCCGCGCUACGGCGCUCCGGGACGCGUCGAGCCGGGGCCCUAUGACCGGGAGGCGGCCGCACAGCCCCUGGAGGAGCUGGACCACCUGCUGCUGCUGGCCCUCAUGACCGUGCUUUUCACUAUGUGCUCCCUGCCUUUAAUAUAUCGUGCUUACUAUGGAGCAUUUAAAACUGUCCAUGAGAUAGAUGGAAACUCUGAAGAAAUGGAAGACCUCCGAGCCUUGCGUUUUCUGUCUGUAAUCUCCAUUGUGGACCCUUGGAUUUUCAUAAUUUUCAGAACAUCAGUAUUUCGGAUGUUUUUUCACAAGAUUUUCAUAAGGCCUCUUACGUACAGAAAUUGGCCCAACAAUUCCUGCCGAGCUAACAUGGAGUCCAGUCUGUGACACUGUUUUACUACCCAGUCUCUGAUAAGCUGAGGAAUAUGUUACAUUUUCUGUCAAACAACCACGUUUAAAGAAAAAAACUUAAAAAAUUUAAGUUAUGUCCUAUAACAAAACAUCAAAAUGUGUUUUCAAAACUAUAUGAUAACAUCUUUAACAAUGUGUGUUCACUUUCUGUUCAUGAGCCAGUCCAGUACAAGUUUUCGAAUUCUAAACAGCAACUAUAAUUUCACAUACUGUAACUAGUGUUAAAAGUCUCAAAGUGAUGACAUUAAUUGUUCCAAUGUUUGUACUUGGUGUCCCUAAUUUUUUAGAGAGGUCUAGAGACCUCAGGGUCUUUAUUCAAAUCCAAAAGAAACACCACUGUUUACAAUUAUGUGAUAUGUGUUCUUAAAAUUUCUUACCCUAUUCAUUUUUACUGAAACCUGAUUUGUUUAUUCUGUAUGACAAUAGCCUGAAUUACAGAUGCUCCACAGAGAAGCGAGGUGGGGAACACAGCCAGGUCAGGGUUUGGAGAGACUUUCCCAGCCACCCUCUGGAGGCUCACGUAGGGAGGAGAUUCAUAAACAAGUAGACACAAGGCAGGGUGUGACUACAGCCCAGAGAAGAAAAAUUAGUUUUUCCUCUUUUGGAGUCUAGGUUCUUGGGUGUUAAGGUAUCAAAAUUUGGGAGUGGGUUACAAAAUGUUCUAAUUUCUGGAAACUUCAUUUUAUAAGUUUAUCAUAUUGACAGAUCCUUUACAGGAGGGAUCUAUGCUUCUUUGAAAUACAGGGAUGUAUGACUUACCAGAGAAUCACGUUUACUGCGUUUGGCUGCGUGAGGCAACAGGGUAUUCAACACAGAGUAAAGCCCACCCAGGACUCAGUCAACCUCAUUCGAGGGUAGGUGGUAACAACAACCUUAACAUCUACCUAUUAACAGCCAUAUUCUGCUCUUUGUGGAAACCGUGAGAUCAUGUUGAGGUUCCUGAGAGCUGUGCUUUCAAACCUAGAGCAGGAUGUGGCUCAAAUGGAGCACAACCAAGCACUUUAAUCGUACAUUUACAUGUUUACAAAGGUUUACAACACUACGGCCAAAAGGAAGAAGAGGGGAAAAUACAGCUGCAGCUAAUAAACCAAACAAGAAGCUCUAAGCCCAGUUUGUAGGUAAGAACUUCCACCUUUGGUAAAAGAACAUAUGGGGAAUAUUAGUUUUCAUCCGCUCUGAGGUCCCUUUGUACUCCAACACACUCAGACUCUGAGCUGCAGAGCUGGUACAUUUGAAUAGUCCCAGGACCCCUACUCAGCCAUCCCUUCCAAAGAUAAGAAUAUUUGCCUUAUUUCCAGCUUAGCAGCAACCCCCCACUGAAAACCCCAGAGAGCAAACCUCUGGUUUGUCUCAGAAAUAUGUUAACUUGGAUAUAUGUGUGUGUGUGUUUGUGUGUGGUAUAGCAAAACUGUGAAAUGGCCAAGUCAGGAAUAUACAAGCUGUAAUUUAGAGUAUCACAUGAUAAAAAGUGCAUUUGUUUUCAAGUUUAACUUUCACUUGUGUAUUUAAUGUGUAAAUAUAAUAUGUGUUGUAUUGUCAAAGGAAGUACCCUUUUUUGUGUGUGUUUUCCUUUUGGAAGGUUAACUAUGGUAACUAUCAAGCUAUCAAAUGAAUCAAUAAAAACAAUUUUAUAGUAUCACGCAGAGGAAGUUUCUUUAAAUGAAAGAAACGUGUUUAGCUUUCUUUUUUGAAUGAACACUUGCCA